AUGUCCCUCCCCACUACCUACCGCGCGGCCGUCCUCGAAACCAUCGGCUCCCCCUUCGUCAUCAAAGACCUCCCCCUCAAGCUCCCCUCCCCCGGCGAAAUCCUCGUCAAAGUCAUAGCCACCGGCGUGUGCGCCGGCGACCACGAAGUCCAGCACGCCCAUUUCCCCAUCCCCCUCCCUCUCGUCCUCGGCCAUGAAACCAUCGGCACCGUCGCCGCCAUCCCGCAGGGCGAAGACCACUUCACGCUCGGCCAGCGCGUCGGCGCCCCCUGGCACGGCGGCCACUGCGGCUUCUGCCGCCAGUGCAGACACGGCGUCUUCCAAAUGUGCACCACCGAGGCCGUCAACGGCGUCUCGCGCGACGGCGGGUUCGCAGAGUACGUCCUCCUGCGCCGUGAAGCCGUGGUUCAUGUCCCUGAAGCCCUCGAUCCGGUGAAGUACUGCCCCGUGCUCUGUGCAGGCGUGACUGUUUUCAACGGCCUGCGGAAAAUGCAGAUUGGACCGGGGAGCUUGGUAGCCGUGCAGGGGAUUGGUGGGCUUGGACAUCUGGCGAUCCAGUAUGCGGCGAAGAUGGGGUACCAGGUGGCGGUGUUGAGUCGGGGGCCGGAGAAAGAGGCGUUUGCGAGGCAGUUGGGUGCUAGCCAUUAUAUUGAUACGCACAAGAGUGAGAGUGGGGGAGUGGUGGAGUUGCAGGAACUCGGAGGUGCGGCGUUGAUAUUGACGACGGCGCCAAGUGGGAGCGUUAUUGCGCCGUUGUUAGGGGGUUUGAUGCAUGGGGGGAAGUUGUUGAUACUGGGUGCUGCUGGUGAGGUCACCUUCAAUACUUUGCCGAUGCUUUUCAAGGGCCUCUCUGUUCAUGGCUGGCCUAGCGGGCAUAGUAUCGACUCUGAAGAAGCUUUGGAAUUCUGCGAGAAUCAUGGGGUUGACUGCAUGGUCGAAUCAUAUCCUCUGGAGGAGAUUAAUCAGGCCAUGGAAGAUAUGACCUUGGGGAAGCCCAGAUUCCGCGCAGUGCUGAAGAUAUCAGAGACAUCGAUCUGA